AUGUGUGGUUUUUAUUUUGUAGACAAUUGCAUCGCUCAGUGUGGCAAAGAGUGCAGAUCUUACUGCUGUGAUGGAACCACACCCUACUGUUGCUCCUACUAUGCUUAUAUUGGGAAUAUCCUCUCGGGCACUGCAAUUGCUGGCAUCGUGUUUGGAAUUGUAUUUAUCAUGGGGGUCAUUGCUGGAAUUGCCAUCUGCAUCUGCAUGUGCAUAAAGAACAAUCGGGGCACCCGGGUGGGUGUCAUCAGAACCACCCACAUCAACACCAUCUCCUAUCCUGCAGCGCCACCCCCCUAUAGUUACGACCACGAGAUGGAGUACCACGCAGACCUGCCUCCUCCAUACUCCCCGACCCCACAGGCUUCAGCGCAGCGUUCUCCACCCCCUCCUUAUCCCGGAAAUUCAAGGAAAUAAUCCUUCCCCCAGCUCAGAACAUGUACUAACUAGUGAUCUUGCCUGGAAUAAAAUGUUUCUACUCAGAAACAGACAGGAAAGUAUUACUCUAAGGAAUACUUUUCCAGGUGGAAUGCCCAUGCUAAGAGAUACAGGGUUCCUACUCGGCUCAAAGCUGACCUCAUCUGGAGUAUUACGUUUGGUUCUAUGAGACCACAUUUUAAGAGAUCUACUGAUCCACUUAAGCACAAAGAGGAGUAAUGAGAUGGGUGAAACAUCUGAUAAUCAUGUUGUUUAAGGACUAGAUGAAGGAAAUUUUGAUAUCAAUCCUGGAAAAGAGAAGACUUAAGGCAGGAAAGGAGAAUGGCUUGGGCUGCAUAAGGAAGCAACUUUAUUCUAUGUAGCUUUAAAAACCAGAACUAGAAUUGUUCAUUCUUUCAUUCAUCAGGAAAUGUAUAUUGAGUGCCAGAGAGCCUACUAUGUGCCUGGCACUGUUUGAGGCACUGGAUGGAAGUUACAGAAAGGGAACUUUGGUUUUAGUAUAAGAAACAGCAAUUGGAGCUUUCUGACUCACUAGAUUAUUUUUAUGAAGCUCCCUGUUGCCAAGAUUUCAAACACAACUUGGCUGACUAUCAGCUAGAGAUAUGCUCUAGAAGGAAUAUCUAAGUCAAAUGGCAGAUGGGUCCAUUGGGCCGCACAAGUUCUGCUUAUGUUUUAGGUAGGCGUGAAGUGAAUUUAUAUGUAUUCAGGAAUGAAAACAACAGGAAUAGUUCAAUCUUAUUUGUUUAGUUAGAAAGUUAAAACAGGAUCAAAGGGAUUAAACAGCUGCUUAAAGCCAAGAGCUCUUCAACGCUAGCUACUGCCACCUAAAAAUCAUCUGGUUUUAUUUAGAGGAUCAGGUAAAGGUUAUUCCAACUGUGAAGGGAAAAAAAUGUAUCAAGUUCUACAGGCAAGACAUAUUUCGCUUCAGAGUAAAAGAUGAGAAGCCAAACAUUCCCACAGGAUUUUAGGUUAGGGAGUGAAAUCUCAGAACUUCACCAUAAAGAUAUACAGCAGGCUACAAAAAGAAGUGAGAGGUGGAAAUGAAGUUUGGAUUCCCUUUUGUGAAAGUCUUAGACAAAUUUGGGAUUUUUUUUGUAAAAUUUCGAUAAUAUAGUCUCUUAAAAAAGUUACAGUUCGUAGAAAAGGUUAAGAUAUUGACAUCAAAUUGUCACCUUUUACCAAAAUGCAAAUUUUAUGAAGUGCCUACCUUUAGAUAUAAAAACAUUUAAUAAAUAAUUCUAAUGUGCCAUAUUUUGCUGCAAGUGACCUAACAUUUCUACAAUUUUUAUGUGGGUCUUUCCAUGUAUUUAAAAAUUGUAUAUUGAACAUUGGGAAUAGAUAAUCAGACUUUUUGUGUCACUUUAAAUGUUUAAAUCCAAAAUGUUUAAUCCAGUAUCAUCAUCAUAAUUCAGUGAAACUUCAAAGUGAUGCCAAGAAUUUUGCUGAAUAAAACACUCAAAAGUGCCAGGGUCUGUGUGAUUUGAGACUGUUGGCUGCAAGUGCACCGUAUAUUCCUUAAGAGAAAUGGAGAGAAAAGACCAGCAGAAAUAGAAUUUUCAUCAUCUUCACCAUCAAUAAACAUUUACUGCAUACCUCCUAUGUUCUGCAAAUAUUCCCCGCCUAGAAGCCAUUUCGGUCCACACCAUCUCUCUUCUUUGAGUUGUUUAUGGCCUCCCUUAAGGCAUAUCACAAACCCACAGACCUUCAAUAGAUGAGUAUUUUUACUGUUUGUAUUUAGUGUCACAAUAGCAUAAAUGUGCACAUUACCAGUAUAGACUUUUGGAGUUCACUGAUUGUUUUUCAUAGAUGAUGUUUCUUGGGGGAAAAUAGUAUAUGAUGUGAAAGCUUCAAAUUAUGGUUAUUUAAAAACUAACACAUUUGCUGCGGCCAAAGUGUUUGCAAUAAGCAAUAAAAUGAAAGAACCUAUUAUAACAAGGAUUAUA